UUCAGUAUCAAUUUCUACCGGUAUUGUUGAACUUACGAUAAAAAUAAUAAGUCAAACUUUUUAGUUUCUAGGGUCAGUUAGUAAAAUAUUUUAAUCGAGUUUCAAGUUUUAGUUUCACAAUUUUCUUGAAAAUAAUUCAAAGGCCAUUUUCAAUAAAGAUGGCAAAUUUAACAGAAGUUUCAUCGAAUAAAAUUUUCGAUGGACAUCAAAAAGUUUUUUCGCACGAUUCAAAAGAAUUAGGAUGUAAAAUGAAUUUUGGUGUAUAUUUACCACCUCAAGCAUCGGCUGGAAAUGUCAAGUUACCCGUAAUAUAUUGGUUAUCCGGAUUAACAUGUAACGAACAGAAUUUUAUACAAAAAGCCGGUGCCCAAAAAUGUGCAUCUGAAAAUGGAGUGAUUAUCGUUAAUCCUGAUACAUCUCCACGCGGUUUAAACAUACCAGGUGAUAGCGAAAAUUGGGAUUUUGGAGUUGGUGCUGGUUUUUAUGUAAAUGCAUCACAAGAACCAUGGAAUAAAAAUUAUAGAAUGUACAAUUAUGUAACAUCUGAACUAGUCGAAAUAGUUAAUGCGAAUUUUCCGGUUGAUAAGGAGAAAAAAUCAAUAAUGGGUCAUAGUAUGGGUGGACAUGGAGCGUUAAUAUGUGCCUUAAGAAAUCCUGGUCAAUAUAAAGCAGUAUCCGGUUUUUCUCCAAUAUGUAAUCCAAUUAAUUGUCCAUGGGGUACAAAAGCUUUUAAUGGAUAUCUUGGACCAAAGGAAUCGAAUAAAUGGGAAGAUUGGGAUGCUACAGAAUUAUCGAAAACGUACAAUGGUCCUUUAUUACCCAUAAUCAUUGAACAAGGAUCAUCUGAUAAAUUCUUCAUAGAAAAACAAUUAUUACCGGAAAAUUUGUUAAAAGUAAUUGAAACAAAUAAAAAUCUGUCAGUCAAUUAUAAUUGUAGAGAGGGUUAUGAUCAUUCGUAUUUCUUUAUUGCUACAUUUAUUGAGAAUCAUAUUAAGGAACAUUUAAAAUAUUUAUAGAAAAUAAUUAAUCAAUCAAGAUAGAUUGGUAGUCUAGUUAUUAAUUUCAAAUUGUUGAAAUAUAGAAAUACUGAUCGUAAAAAUAACAUGUAAUAGUUCGUUGGAUUCGGAAUGAUAGAAAAGAAAAACGCUUCUAGCACAUUUAUCUAGACAUCAUUCCAAAUCCAAUGAGCUAUCACGCGUAUUUUUACGAUCAUUAUUGCUAUAUUUUACCAAUUUGAAUUUAUUAACUAAACUAUACUGCAUGUUUAAUUUAUAUCUUGGCAUAGUACAUUUCCCACGAGUAUGAGAGAGUACGUAUGUAUACAUUAGACAAUGUGUACAAGAAAGAGGUGUUAUUGGCCUGUUUUUAACCGACUUUAAACAAAAACGGAGGAGGUUACCAAUUCGACUCUAUUUUAAUUUAUUUUUUUUAUGUUUGUUACCUCAGAACUUUCGACUGAGUGAACCGAUUUUGAUGAUUCU